AUGAGCUAUCACGUUCUUUCAAAUGACUCGACGAGUGUCGAGUUGAUGCCAUUUACAGCCCUGGAAGAGCAGCAGGAGAAUAACGUUGCUGCUAAUAAUUUGGAAGAUUACGCCUAUCGGCAAUCGAGCAGCAUUUUCUUUGCGGGUCAGUGGGAAUCCUAUGGCUCUAAUUUGGAAGAGACGAGGCUGCAAUUCUGGAGCAAAUGGAAUGACAUCCAAUUUGCCAUUACCAGAAGAUGGCAAUUGCUCUCACAACGUCGUCAGAAGAGGCUUCACGUUGCUUUUGUACUAUUGGGAGUAUUGGUGAUUGUGCUUUCCAUUGAGCACGGAGUCAAGACUCUGCAUGAAAAACACGUCAAGCCACCUGUCAGUAAAGACAUGAUGGACGAUGAUGAUUCGGAAUGGGUGAACGACAGCAAUAAUAACGGUAAUAAUGCCAUGAGCAUUAUUCUUCAGGACGAGCAGGUAUAUGACAUUCCGGUGAAUCGUGUUCUUUGUGAGCAAGAGAUUCUUCCCUUGUUCGAAAUCCUGGAUGAAAGCUUGGAUCAUUUGUGCUUUCAACGAACCGAAAUGAAAUGUUCCAAUGGUGGUGGGGAGGAUCAAACUCUAUUUGAACGAGAUAAUGUCUUGUAUUAUCCCGACGGAUCUCUGUUUGAUCGUUCGCUCUUGUCUUGGUUUGAUUCUUGUCAACCGAAGGCAACAGAAACAUGGUCUCCUCUAUCGCCCACUUAUUCAGACUUUGACAAAGUGUGUCAAGAGGUGGUCGCAAUGCAAAACGAUGGCCAAGACAGCAUCACAAGCACUACACCCACCAGCACCACCAAUAAUCGAUUCUGCUCUACUACUUCCAGUCAUGAUGUGGAUUGGUCCAAGGUACAAGAAACUGUCCCCAAAUGUCUCAUGACGAUUCCUCACAAUUGCAACAAUUUGAAUUGGAAAAUAUUUCAAGAAGUCAUUGGUGGACAUUUGAAUUGCUGGGAAUUUCAAACUGCCUAUUUGUAUCUUCAACAUGACUAUGAGACCAUGGACGAUGGUGAUUGGCAUCAUCAUCCACGUAUUUGCAAAGGAGGACAAUAA